AUGCUGAACAAGCUGCACGGCCAGCCCGACAGCUACGACAAAAAGGCCAAGUACCGCUUCGGCAAGACGCUCGGCGCCGGCACAUACGGAAUCGUGCGCGAGGCGGAUUGCCCUGACGGCAAGGUCGCGGUCAAGAUCAUCCUCAAGAAGAAUGUCAAGGGCAAUGAGCAGAUGGUCUACGAUGAGCUGGAGAUGCUUCAGCGCCUGAAGCACCCGCACAUCGUCCGCUUCCACGACUGGUUUGAGUCGAGGGACAAAUACUACAUCGUCACCCAGCUUGCCACUGGAGGCGAGCUGUUCGACCGCAUUUGCGAGAAGGGCAGGUUCACAGAGAAGGAUGCUGCCGAGACCAUUCGUCAGGUCUUGACCGCCGUCAACUACCUCCACCAGAACAAUGUCGUUCACAGGGAUCUCAAGCCCGAGAACCUGCUUUACCUGAGCCACGACGAGGACUCCUCUCUUGUGCUCGCCGAUUUUGGAAUUGCGAAGAUGCUCGACACCCCCGACGAGCAGCUCACUACCAUGGCCGGUUCCUUUGGAUAUGCUGCCCCGGAGGUCAUGUUGAAGCGCGGACACGGCAAGCCCGUCGACAUGUGGUCCAUGGGCGUCAUUACCUACACCCUGCUCUGCGGUUAUUCUCCCUUCAGGAGCGAGAGCUUGGCGGACUUGAUUGAGGAGUGCAAGAACGGCCGUGUUGUGUUCCACGAGCGGUAUUGGAAGGAAGUCAGCAAGGACGCGAAGGACUUCAUCAACUCCCUCCUGGUGCCUGAGCCUGAGAACCGUUCUACGAGCGCGGAAGCCCUCGCGCACCCCUGGCUCAAGGGCGAGACUGCGUCGGACCACAACUUGCUGCCCGAGAUCCGCGCUUACGUCGCCAAGGCUCGUCUUCGCCGCGGCAUCGAGCUGGUCAAGCUCGCCAACCGUAUCGAGGCGCUCAAGAUGCAGGAAGACGAGGAGGAGGACGUGCCCGGCGAGGCGGACGUGCCGGCGAACGCGAAGGAGGCUGCCGGCGAGGCGCUUGGAGGCGCCUCCGACGCACCCCCUGCCUCUCCCCACAAGAGAAGUCUCAGCAAGAUUGCCAAGGGUGCCAUCUUCCGGGAGGUCGUGCUCGCAAAGGUGCGCGAGAUGAAGGCGGAGGAAGACAGGAAGAAGUUCGAAGCCGAAUCGGCCGCGAAGCACUGA